GGAUUCACCGAUGAACUUGAGAAACCCACAUGAUUUGGUAAUACUAAUGAGACAAGAAACAACAGUUAACUACCUCAAAGAACUGGAGAAACAGUUAGUUGCUCAAAAGAUUCAUAUAGAGGAAAAUGAGGACAGAGACACAGGGCUGGAACAAAGGCAUAAUAAAGAAGAUCCAGACUGCAUUAAAGCAAAGGUGCCCCUGGGGGACCUAGAUCUGUACGACGGCACAUACAUCACCCUAGAGAGCAAAGAUAUCCGCCCUGAAGACUAUAUAGACACAAAGUCCCCAGUGCCUCCAGACUUGCAGCAGCCAGACUGUACAAAAGUUCUAGAUCUUCCAUACAGUAUUCAUGCUUUUCAGCACUUACGGGGUGUCCAAGAAAGGGUUAAUCUUUCUGCACCCCUGUUACCUAAAGAAGAUCCAAUCUUCACAUACUUAUCACGGAGGCUGGGAAGAAGCAUAGAGGAAAUAGGUCACCGUAUUUAUGAUGGGCUCAUGAAGAACUCUUCUUCCUGGGUGCUGUAUAACAUGGCUUCUUUUUACUGGCGAAUAAAGAAUGAGCCAUACCAAGUAGUGGAAUGUGCCAUGCGUGCCCUUCAUUUUUCUUCAAGGCAAAAUAAAGACAUUGCACUGGUAAAUUUGGCAAAUAUUUUGCACCGGGCUCACUUCUCUGCAGAUGCAGCUAUUGUGGUUCAUGCAGCUCUGGAUUACAGUGACUUCUUUACCAGCUAUUACACUUUAGGAAAUAUAUACGCAAUGCUAGGAGAGUACAACCACUCAGUCCUGUGUUAUGAUCAUGCUCUGCAGGCCAAACCAGGGUUUGAACAAGCUGUAAAAAGGAAGCAUGCUGUCCUAUGUCAGCAAAAACUUGAGCAAAAAUUGGAAGCCCAGCAUAGAUCACUUCAGCGAACAUUAAAUGAAUUAAAGGAAUAUCAAAAGCAGCAUGACCAUUACCUUAGGCAACAAGAUGUUUUAGACAAGUACAAGCUCAUCCAGGAGGAACAAAUCUUGAGGAACAUCAUUCAUGAGACACAGAUGGCAAAAGAAGCUCAAUUAGGGAACCAUCAGAUUUGCAGAUUGGGCAACCAGCAGCAUAGCUUACACUGUCAGUGGGAUCAGCCUGUUCGUUAUCACCGUGGAGACAUUUUUGAAAAUGUGGAAUAUGUUCAGUUUGGUGAAGACUCUUCAACUUCUAGUAUGACAUCCAUGAAUUUGGAUCCUCAUGCAAACCAAAGUGUUCACAGCCAGUCCUUGCAGUCUUCCCCUGUGGCUCGUUCUGUGGUUUCAGUGUGGAGUGUGGAACCCAGCAGAGACAAACAGCAUAUUCUUUGGCCUCGGCGGUCAGAAUGCAUGAAAUCUUUUCCCAAAAUUCCUGACCCAGAAGAACUGCCAACUUAUUUCUUGCCUCCAGAAAACAGGGGAUUCAGAAUCCAGCCAGUACUGAAUAUCCCAAGAGAUACUGUUGAGCAUGGAGAAGCACAGGCACCAGAUUGUUCUUCCAUUACUGAUGCUCGUAAUAAUGAAUCUCUAAACAUCCUGGUCAAGGAACUAGACACUAAUCUAGAUUUGAAAUUCAGGAUGCCAGACGAUCAAGCAAGACAAGUUUUGCAUUCUCGUAUCAACAAUGAAAGUAUUACACUGACGAAGAUAGGAGUGUUUCUAGAUCAUGCCAUGAAAAAGCCAGAAGAUCCUCUAUGGCUUGUGCUUAAUGAAGCUGGAUUGUACUGGCGUGCAGUUGGAAAUAGCACCUUUGCUAUCACCUGUUUGCAAAAAGCAUAUAAUUUGGCUCCACAUGAGUAUCAGGACAUCCCUCUGGUCAAUCUUGCUAACCUCUUGUUUCAUUAUGGUCUUCAUUCGGAUGCCAGCAGGCUCCUGCUCAAGGCUUUGGCCAUCAAUGCCUCUGAGCCCCUGACUUUUCUGAGCCUAGGAAACACGUACCUGGCUCAGAACAACAUUAGUGGAGCUCUGCAGGCCUUCAGACAUGCACUGGAUUUGACAACCAAGUGCUUGGAGUGUGAAAGCAGCCUGAAGAUGAUCCGCUGUUUGCAGUUUUAUCCUUUCCUGUACAACAUCACCUCUUCUGUGUGCAGUGGCCACUGUCAUGAGAAAAAUCCAGAUGGCAAUUAUGGCAAGGAGAAAUACUUUGAUGACCACUAUGAGUCAGCUACAGCAGUGACAGAAGGACACUCUGAGGGAGGUACAGAAGAUCCAGAAGUCCUUACUCAGAGUUCAGCAAGGGAUCCCUCCUUCUUGAGACUGGAAAACACAGUCACUGCAGAAAGCAAUGGUUCAGAAGGAGUGGAGGGUUUAGAAGACGAUCAGAUGUCUGAAGAGAUGCUGGCUUUGGUGGAUGAGUUUGAAAAUUCUUGGCCUCAGGAAGGUUUUGAAGGGGCACUGGAGGUAAAAGGUCGUCGGAUGGACUUGCAGGGAAUCCGGGUCCUGAAGAAGGGAUCUCAGGAUGGACUUGCUAGCUCCUGUUUUGGAGACUGUGGUGACGAUGAUGAUGAAGCUGAAUGGAUCACUUUUCAGGUCAAACGUUUAAAGAAACCGAAAGCUGAAAGCUUGGAUCUCCAGGAGCCAGUUGGGAGAAAUGUGGAAGAAGGGACUAAUGCAGAAAAUGAAAACUUGUACCAAACUGCUCUAGAGAUCAGUGGACCAAAGAUACCUUCUCCUGGACCAAUAGGAAAAAGGCGUGACUACCGUAGCCUUGGCUGGCCAAGUCCUGAUGAAUGCCUGAAACUCCGCAGGGUAGAGCUCACAACUGUAGCCAGCACAUGGCUUGCUGUUUCCGCUAAAAACAUUGACAUUACAGAACACAUUGAUUUUGCCACACAGCUGCAGGAACCAGCCGUGGAGCCCCUUUGUAACCCAAACCUCCCAGCCAGUAUGCAUACUUUGGACCACCUGCAAGGCGUCUCUAGUCGGGCCAGCUUGCAUUACACUGGAGAAAGUCAACUGAAAGAGGUCCUACAGAAUCUUGGCAAAGACCACUACUCACCACAGUCACUAGAACAAGUUGGUACUCGAAUAGCCAAAGCUUUGGAAAAGAAUCAAACUUCAUGGGUCCUCUCUAGCAUGGCAGCUCUUUACUGGAGGGUGAAAGGCCAAGGAAAGAAGGCAAUUGAUUGUUUACGGCAAGCAUUGCACUAUGCACCCCAUCACAUGAAGGAUGUACCACUAAUAAGCCUAGCAAACAUCUUCCACAACGCCAGGCUCUGGAAUGAUGCCAUCAUUGUGGCUACCAUGGCAGUGGAAAUAGCGCCGCACUUCGUGGUUAAUCAUUUCACGCUGGCAAACGUCUAUGUAGCAAUGGAGGAGUUUGAAAAGGCCAUGAAAUGGUAUGAGUCAACACUAAAGCUUCAGCCGGAGUUUGCCCCAGCAAAGAAUCGAAUCCGAACCAUUCAGUGUCACUUACUUCUGAAAAAAGAGCGACGGUCUCCUUAGAGAUCAGCAUCUUUCUCUUUUUUAAAAAUCCAUUUUGGAAUGAGGUGCAAGGUUAUGCUCACCCUGAGCCAUACUUUCAGCUGCCAAGGAGGAGGAGGGAC